AUGGCUGCCGCCGAGAUUGAACAGCACCAAGGCGGUGCGCUGCAGACAGCAAAGGAUCUCUUCUCCGGCGCUGUUGGUGGUAUUGCCCAAGUCUUGAUCGGCCAACCCUUCGAUAUCGUCAAAGUCCGCCUGCAGACGUCGAACCAGUACGCCGGCGCUCUCGAGGCCGCUACCUCCAUCUACAAGAAUGAAGGCGCCCUGGCCUUCUACAAGGGCACGCUGACGCCCCUCAUCGGUAUCGGCGCUUGUGUGUCCGUGCAGUUCGGCGCUUUCCACGCUGCUCGUCGGUGGCUUGAGGCUCGCAACACCGCCCAGGGCAGGGCCUCCGAACUUGGCUACGGCCAGUACUUCCUGGCCGGUGCCUUUGCCGGUGUAGCCAAUGCGCCUCUGUCCGGGCCCAUCGAGCACAUCCGUAUCCGCCUGCAGAGCCAGCCGCACGGCGAGGGACGCCUGUACAACGGGCCCCUGGACUGCAUCCGCAAGGUCAGCUCCCACAACGGCGCCCUGAGCGGCCUCUACAGGGGUGAGGUCGUGACCGUCUGGCGAGAGUCCUUUGCCUACGGCGCCUGGUUCACUGCUUUCGAGUAUCUCAUGAACGCCGACGCCGCGCGCAACGGCAUCGACCGCAAGCAGAUCCCCAGCUACAAGAUCGCCCUGUACGGAGGUCUCGCCGGCGAGGCCCUCUGGCUGGCCAGUUACCCCUUCGACGUCAUCAAGAGCAAGAUGCAGACAGACGGCUUCGGUGCCCAGCAGAAGUACCCGACCAUGCGCUCCUGCUUCUCUGCCACAUGGCGCGCUGAUGGUGUCAGGGGUUUCUGGAAGGGCAUUGGACCUACCCUUCUCAGGGCCAUGCCUGUGAGCGCAGGCACUUUUGCCGUGGUUGAAAUGACCAUGCGUGCUAUCAACUAA